CUGUCAAAACAAGUUCAGCCCGAGAUCCUCAACGUGCGCCCGGAUUGCAACUCUGCCGAAAGCAAAACUCCGCAAAAUUUUCGCUUCGAUUCUAGAAAUCGUGUGAUUACGUCAGUAAGUCCAGCUCAGUAAUGGCCACACAAAUAUCAAUCGACCAACUUGACAAGGAUCAAAUCAAAUCCUUUUCAGACUUCCUUCUUUCCUACAACAAGCUGUCCGAGCUCUGCUUCAUAGACUGUGUGAACGAGUUUACGGGGCGUACGGUCAGCGACAAGGAAGAUAAAUGUGCACUCAACUGCAUGGAGAAGUUCCUCAAGAUGAAUCAGCGCAUUUCACAGCGGUUUCAAGAGUUUCAGAUGCUGGCCAACGAAAACGCUAUCGCAGCUGCACAAAAGUUGGGCGUCAAAUGAGCGGUCGAUUUAUUUGUAGUGGAUGAUACACGUAGGGCUUAAAUAAAGCAAGGCUGGCGUAACGAUAACACGA